UUUUUUUUCAAAUAGGAACUGUUUUACAACUUUUUCAUUUUGCCUUGUGGUAGGCCAAAAACCAGUUUGCUCAAUAUAACACAGAUUAUGAUAGUCAAGGAAUAAUUUUAAUGAAAAUCAAUGAGGAAAAGACAAUUAUUAGUAAGCGAGCCAUUACAACCUUCAAGUGAUUAUUACGAGAGCAGGUUAAAAAAACAUCCAUUUCCACUCUAACGAUAUCUUAAAAUGGCAAUAAAUUCUUUAAUUAGUUUAAUUUAAUCAUGAAAUACAAUGACAAUUGAGGGAUUUACAGGCAAAUCACCUUUUAUACCCACUGUAUCAUAUUGACACACAUUUUCACCACAAUUUUGUCAUAAAAUAAAGUACAAAAUAUGAAGUAAUUAUAAGUUGCUUCAAUACAGUAAAUAUGUAUAUUGAAAUAUUUGUAUCAAUAUAGCGCAACGUAAAAAAAUUUUUGCAAAUCACUACAUGAAGGCAACCAUUUUGGAUUUGGCACUCAAAAGGCCCGCCACUUUCUGCAGUGCACAAACAAUCCACCAGAGGGCAGAAGACAGUCAUGGUGAUGACAGAUCUCAGAACUCCCCCUUAACCUCUUAAAAAUCAUUAGCUUUUUAAUUUCGUCAUUGGAAUUCCCAAAUAAAAAAGGCUUGAAAUAGAAGAACUGUUGGGCCAAAGAGCAUGUAUGACAACUAAUUUGAAAGGCAACAUGCUCUAGUUCGUGAAAACUUGCUCAUUUAGUACGGGGCUAACACACAGCCUCCACUACAUCUGCUUAAACAUAAAGGAAACAUUUAUUUCUUUGGUUCUUGUCUUCAGUAAGUCAGUAUUUGAGUCGCAUUAAUGAGGCCAUGCUCAAUGUUACAACUGUUACGACAUACAUCAUGUCAACUACAUCUGCGUAAAAUAUUAGACUUCUGGGCCAAACUUUAUGGGAGCUAGUCUUUAGUGUCACUGGUGUCCCCAAACCUUAACCCUGAUCCGGUGCACUGUGGAUCUGGUGGAUUUUAACAGGUUAAGAGACAAGAAGGCAAUGAUCAAAGUCAAACACCGCACCUUGGUUUUAGUGGCUAUUGAAGAGUUAGCAGUUAAUCUACAGACGGUUCAAUGAAAACAUGAGCACACAUGCCUAGUGUGUCCUCCGAAAGCCUUUGAGGAAGCAGCAGUUAUCGAACAAUGGAGAGUGACAAACAGGGACUCAACCUGAAGAGGGAAGUUGGGAUUAUAGGAGCUGUGUCAUUCAUUGCUGGAACCAUGAUGGGAUCUGGAAUAUUUGUAUCCCCCCAGUAUGUGCUAUCCACUAUUGGCAGCCCUGGGGCCAGCCUUGUUAUAUGGGCCUGCUGUGGGUUGAUAGCCAUGCUGGGGGGACUCUGCUAUGCUGAACUGGGCACAGUCAUACCGGAGUCUGGAGCAGAGUAUAUCUACAUUCUGCGGACGGCAGGGAAAGUGGUGGCUUUCAUGUUUGUCUUCAGCUUCAUCAUUGUCAUGAGACCUGCCAGUGCCACAGGAAUUGCUCUGAGCUUUGCUGAAUAUGUUGUGGCCCCCUUUUACAACGAGUGCACCCCUCCACAGCUGGUGGUGAAGUGCGUGGCUGCAGGAAGUAUCAUGGUGCUGGCCAUUGUUAACUGUCUGAGCGUCCGCUUGGCCACCGCCAUCCAGGUGGUUUCCAUGGCAGUCAAAGUGCUGGCAAUGGCAGUGAUCAUACUGGGAGGUGUUGUGAUGCUUUUCCAGGGACACACUGAGAACUUUGAUAACUCUUUUGAGGGAACAAAUGUUGGUGUCAGUUCAAUUGGCAUUGCUUUUUAUCAGGGCUUGUGGUCCUAUGAUGGCUGGAACACUCUGAAUUAUUUAACUGAAGAGCUGAAGGAUCCCGAAGUGAAUCUUCCUAGGGCGGUUGUCAUUGCCAUUUCUCUGGUGACUGGCUUAUAUCUGCUGGUGAAUGUGAGCUACCUGACAGUAAUGACACCUAGAGAGCUCAUGUCCUCCAGCGCAGUAGCAGUAACCUGGGGGAAUAAGGUGCUAGGAAGCUGGGGCUGGAUCAUGUCUGUGGCUGCAGCAUUGUCUGCUUUUGGUUCACUGAACGGGACAUUCUUCAGUGGUGGCCGCGUGUGCUUUGUUGCUGCCAGGGAGGGACACAUGCCAGAUAUUCUGGCCAUGGCUCACGUCCACAGACUGACUCCAUCUCCAGCCCUGAUAUUCACCACUGUUGUCUCUCUGGUAGUGCUGAUCCCCGGAGACUUCCAGAGUAUUGUCAACUUCUUCAGUUUCACUGCCUGGUUUUUCUAUGCCAUCACCCUAUCUGGACUUAUCUACCUCAAGAUUAAGAAGCCGGAGCUCCCCAGGCCGUACAAGGUACCCAUUAUACUCCCCAUACUGGUCCUCAUUGCAGCAAUAUUCCUUGUGCUGGCACCAAUCAUAGACGAUCCUCAGAUCGAAUACCUCUAUGUGACUUUAUUUAUCUUAAGUGGAGCUAUAAUCUACGUACCCUUCAUCCAUUACAAGCUCUGCCCAGGACUGCUCACCAAGUUAACAGUGUUCCUGCAGCUGUUCCUAGAGGUCGCCCCGGCUGAGAAGAACCUUUAAUUCGGGCAGAAAAUUUCAGAAGAAAGAGGUGUUUUUCCAAUGUUAUUGCUUGUGUUUUUUAACUCAACCUGCUGUUGCUAUGACCAAAGGUGAAAGUCUGUCACUCGCAGCUCCAAGAACUAAAGAACCAAACCGUAGCAUCCUUUGUCUUUAAACAGUUACUUUUUUAAUUACUGUGUCUUACGGUGCUAAAGAACUGUAUGUAAUGAAAUUGUAAUAAAAUUAUGCAUCCACCGUUGUGCUUCAGAAAACUGUACAAAAAUAAAACAAGGCUUGUUUCUCAACAA